AUGAAGACUAAGAUGAACACAAAGACGAAGAAUACGAUGAUGACAACGAAGAAGAUGGCCCUGAAGAAGACGAAGAUGAAGACGACGACGACAAAGUGGAAGAAGAAGAAUUAUGCAAUUGAGAGUGGACAGGAUGGGGACAGUUAUCUCUGGCGCCCCAUGUUAUGUCUAUGUUUGGAACUAUACGUGCAAUAUCACUUGAGAAAAUUAAAGAACCACAAUUUUAAACAUUGAAGUUACCUCAACCAAAGGGCAAUGGCUUCUGAUGACAGAAAUUUUCGAUCUUCAUACUAUGAGAAAGUUGGUUUCAGAAGUGUAGAAGAGAAAAAAUCCCUAGAAAUUCUAUUGAAGGAUAAACCAAUCGAUGUCGGAAAAAUUAGACAGUUCUGUUUAAGAUUUACUGUUCCAGGCUUGUACAGAAAUCUUGUCUGGAAAUUGUUACUUCGUGUUGUUCCUAUUCAUGUUGACAGUCAUCCAUUUGUAAUGAAGCAGAGAGAACAGCAAUAUAAAGACCUUUUGCAUGGGUUGAAAACCAUGCGCAUUGUAAAUAAUCAAACAUCUAAACCACAGCUUUAUAUUCUCAUGUGGCUCUUGGAAACGGGGAAAUUGAAAUUUGAUUUUGUUGGACAGUUAGAUAGUGAGUUACAUAACAAUCUUGCUGCCAUUUCUCAUACUUUAUCUAGUAUAUUUGAAAGUGACGUAGAUGCAUAUUGGAUUUCAAAGGGCUUUUUUGAAUGUGUUGUUAAAUUUUUCAAUGAUAUACCACAUUUAAUUGCGUUGACAAAAACUCAAUUAGAAAAGGAAGAUCAAGAUCUUAAUGAACAUUUAGUGGAAAUUGGUGCAAUUAGUGCAAUUCCAUUCCAUAAUUGGUUGUGUUGUUGCUUUGCGGGAAUUAUAAGUGAAUCAUCUCUAGAGAAAGUAUGGGAUAAGUUAAUUGGAGGAUCGUGCAAGGUGCUAAUUUUUGUUGCUGUUGUUCUCUUAAUAACACUUCGACGUCUACUAUUGAAAUGUACAACAGUUGAUAGUGUUCUAGAUUGUUUGGGUAACAUCUCAGAAGAAGUGUCAGAAGUUAUAGUUAAUCAAGGCAUUGAAAUGUGGCAGCAAUCUGGCACCUCAUUCAGCACAGGCCUAACACAGAGGCAUUAAGUCUUAAUGACAAAAAAAUUGUAAAAAGAGCACAAGCUCUUUCAGAACUGUCAAACAAAAUUUUAUAUUAAAUGUAAAAUUCUAUAUUGUAUGCUUACAAAGUAAAUUUUUUUUAAAGGUAGUAGAAAUGCUGUCAUUUUUUUCUUUGUGAAUCAUUUACUGGAAGCAGUAUUAUUUUUUAAAAGUAUUUGAAAAUAUGUCAAGGAACUUAGCCAUACACUUGGGCCAGCAUAAGUAGAAAAUAAUUUAAUUUUCACGUUUGAUUGAGGAAGACGUAAUUAACAUGUUAACCUAAUGUUUCUGUUCAUACAAAAGUGGUGUAAAAAUAAUGAUUGCAAACCCUCUUUGUCUUCCCAAAAUUUCUGAAAUGUGUACACAAUUAUGUUCAGAGUAUUGAACUAAACAAAAACAUUAAAUGGAGAAAAAUUAGUAAUAAUGACUAUUUGCAUUUCAUUUUAGGAAAUAGCCUAUAUCAAUUAUAAAAUUUGUCAGUUUGCACAUUAACUGUAUUAAUAAAUCAUAUAAAAACCCGGCAUCUAAAUCUUUGCAAGUAGUGCAUAUUACUAAACAAAAAGUUAGGCUAUACAUUAAUGACCACUAUUACAAAUGUCACUCUUUGGCCCUCGUAAGCCUAAAAAUCUAAUCUCAAUUUUUUUUUCUUUCGUACUUGUAUUAGUACGUUGGAUAUUAUUCCUAAGCAAGAGCCCAUAUCCUAUUUAGAAAUAGUUGAAAAUCACUAAAGAAAUAAAGACCUUUUUUUUCAUGUAUGCUUUUAUCCAAAGGUUUGUGUUUUUGAGUAUUGCCUUUUAUGUGUAGAGGAUUAGUAUUUGCAGGUUCUGAAAAUAAUGUCCCCCCCCCCCCUCUCCAACACUAAUUGGGAUUUCUCCAUUGUAUUAUUACGGCUGAGAGCUUUAGAUUCAUAAUGGAUUCAUAAUUAGAUUCAGUCAGAGUCAUGUGUUCCUGUUGUUUAUAUAUAGGUUUCUAAUUUCUUCACAACAUAUAUUCUGUACUCCUGUCCACUCAACAAACCUAAUUGGUUCUAUCUAUAAAUAGGGUUUUAAGUUUUAUGAAGCCAAAUGCAAUAAAAUAUCAUUUCUAGAAAACUGGAAGCAAUAACAAAUCUGACU